UGACCAUGUCCUGCGACCUCUGCACCGCUUCUGAAUUUUCCGCGAGUUUUCGCGAUAAAACGCGGUUCGUCUCCCAGCCCGAUGAUGAUAAUGACGAGCAACUGACGCCCAUUACGUCUACCGUGCUACUAAGGGUCGGAGGCAAGAACCAGCGGGCGACUCUUUUUUUCGCUGCCUUCUGACUGAGCGAGUGAGUGACGAUAGUAGGGCUGGUGGCGACAUAAUCAACAAUGAUGAAGACUUCGGUAGGACAGCAGGGAGGUAAGCGACCACAGAGACAACGGAAGGCAAGUUCAGCCUGAGAGAAAAGAAUGGAACGGUUACCCUAAACAGCUUCAUAUCUAACUGUAAAAUAGAUCGUUGAAGAUAGCGCUGUGCUGUUGCGCUUAUAUACUAAGCAAGAAAAUGUGACUGUGUACGAGACUCACUAGGAAGCCAGUAAUACCUCCUGUGAUACAGGGGCAAGCAAAAACUAUCAUACUGCCCGAUUGGUGCUACGAACACACAGUGCCCAUUUGACAGUUACGUUCUACAGUGGGACCAGAAUUUGUUCACAGCAUUAAGCCGCGACCCAACAACGGCUGCGUGUCCCUCAAUGGCGUGGACGCAUCAAGUCGUCUCGUGGAGAAACAAUAGCAGCUGAAUCCUCUCAUCUGUCGCACUGAAUCCAACCGCAGAUGAUUAUCUACCGGUCGAGGAGGGUGUUGCGUACUGGAUAAAAGGAUCUUGUGCCCACGGUAUUUCGGGUGGCAGUGUGUAAACGACUUCUGAACAGCUCGCGCCGCCUGGCAAUGUGGCCUCGCCGACCGAUAAUAGCUCUAAUUACCGCCGUUUCAUUUAUAUUGACUGACUAUUUUGCAAGGGGUCAGUAUGACGAAGCGGAAUUUCCUCCAGAAGGAUUAUAUCUGUCACCCGAUCAACCGAUACAAAAUCAGCCAGCAGGUGCGAUUUUCGCCGUGUUUUGCAACAAAGGCUCUGGAAAUGGACGAUACUCUGAUUUCAAAUGGAUUAGUCCUCAGGGUUCCGAAAUCACUCGUAAUAACACUGCAACGAUAUACGCGUUUGAAUCGGAAAAUGGACUGGCACUAAACUUCGACUCACCGACACCUGAAAACUCAGGCCGGUACACGUGCAAGGCCCUUUACGGAGGAACAUCUUCGCUGCAAGUGCCUGUGAAAAUCAGUUUUUUCCAUGACAUCACCUUUGACAACUGUCCAACUACCCAAGAUCUAGUCCUCGGACGUGAUGGUACCGUUCGUUGUCAAGUUCAUGGAAAUCCUGUGCCGCGCGUACUGUGGGAUAACCAGAGAGGUAUUCAACUUUCCUCGGAGAGGUUCACUAUCGUAGGAAGUAGCCUAAAUAUUCGCCACGUCAUGGCUACCGAUGCCGGCCGAUAUCGAGUAACGGCCAUGGUUGAAGCAACGGGAAAAAUCAAGAGGGAGUUUAUAACCGUCAAUGUGAUUACCCCACCAAACAUCAUUGAACUGAAAAACGUAACCGAUAUUAUUGAAGGAAGCUCAGGAAUGGCUGUUUGUGCUGCGACUGGGAUUCCGCCACCUCUUUGCUACUGGACAGAUUUUAAGGGCCGAAACUUAUCCGAUGUAGGCGGUUUUCGAGUUACACCGCAAAGUUGCAUACUGGAGUUUAUUCAGACAUCAAGAGAAUAUGAAGGCGUAUAUACAUGUCAUGCGGUUAACGCAGGAGGAAAGGCCGUGCGAGACACGCAAGUCGAAGUAAUCAUCCCAUCAAAGAUAAUUGAGUUUCAGAACAAAACUGUCAACGAGGACGGUGAGGUGGCUCUGGAGUGUCAGGCUGAAGGCAAACCUAUACCGGAAGUUCACAUUCGCAAAGAACAGGCACUUAUUUCUCUAGGCCACAGCAAUGACGACGGAGGCGGCGUUAUUAGUUUGAAAAACCUAACCACCGGUUAUGUAACAACGCUCAUCGCAACUAUCUUCCCGGUGCGACAAGAUCACUCCGGCUUAUAUUACUGUUCAGCUGAGAACCGUGUGAAUCGUGUGGAACGAACCGGUAAACUGGACGUUAAUUAUGCGCCGCUUUUAACGGCAAAAAAAAACCCUGUAUUUACGUGGGGCAGUCGGCCGGCAAUGCUGACGUGCCAUAUUCAGGCUAUUCCAAACGCCACCGUUCAAUGGAAGGAUUUGCAUGGAAAUUUGCUCAACGAUAAAAUGCUAUACUCAGUGGAUAACAGCGUUGGCAUGUCUGUGCUCACCGUCACCGACCAAGCUCCUCGUUUUAGCCAAGACUUUGUGUGUGUAGCAUUAAACAAUCUUGGAGAACGUAGUUUAGUUUUCACAAUUCGCGAAGCCCGCCGACCAAACGCGCCAAGCCAACCAAAAGUCCUCCGAGUGACUGCGACAACCGUUACGUUCGAAUUUAAUCGGCUUGUGGAUAACGGCGGCAUGCCUAUCCUUCAGUACUUGACUAAGUACUGGCGUGAGGGCCAAAGUCUAAAUGAAGCCAAGAUCGAGCAAUUCGCUGAGAUGAUUGGCGAACCUCGGAAGAUCACUCAACUUAUUCCACGCACAAAAUAUUUCUUCACGUUCAGCGCUCGUUCCGAAGUCGGCGAAGGACCACAUUCCGAGCCGCUGCAGAUUGAUACAACGGUCGAAGCAGUCCCUGACCCACCGAUAUUUAUUAGUCCUCCCCAUGCGGACGUGCACCCCAGUCGUGUGCAUAUCGAAUGGACUAUGCCCCUUAGUAACGGGAAACCGAUAGACCACUUUCUUGUGUCCUACCAACUCGUGGAGCAGGUUUCCGCGACUGAAUUUAGAGACACAGGACGAAGACGAAGUGAACAUGUAACCUCAUGGGCAAGUAUGGUUUCAAAGGACCUUCUUGAUCUCCGGCCAGAAAUGUUCUACCGGGUCCGGGUCGAGGCACAUAACGAGCUGGGUUACGGAGAGCCAGCCGAGUUGGUAUUCCGCACAGGUCCAGCGCCAGGAAUGAUCGGGCCCUAUCCUAACAACGGUGAUAAUGGCGCUAGAAACGUCACACAUAUCAUUAGUACACCUGUGAUUAUUGCACUUGCAGUACUGUUAACAUUCAUCUUGCUCAUCCUAUUCGACGUACUUUGCUACUUCCAAUUCCGCAAAGGGCUUCUGUACGCACUUCGACACCUCGUCUGCUCCAAACCUAGACAUAUUUAUAGCAAGACCAACCAAAAUCCGCUUUCGUAGAUAUAAGGUGCUGACAAUCAAACCCUCACAGAGCAUCUUCCACAACACGUACAUGGCGGCGGUAACACAGUUAAUACUACACGGCUAACUUCAAGAGAACGUAGAAGCAUGCCUCCCCCCAAGAAACCGCCGAGGCAAAUAUCGGAUUUGCUUAUCAGUCUCUGACUCAGAAAUCAUGAAGAGGCUAAUAAAAAGCAGAAGAAUUUAUAAUCCGAGUGAUUCUGGAACGAAUCGCAAAACCUUGUUAACUAUCACCAAAUAUCACUGUUGCUG